AAUUAUGUGCAUUUAUUUUUCCUGAAGUAACCGCACUUCUCUCAUAAAAAAAUAGUUUGUGUGGCAAUCAGGGGAUGACAGUUUCUGUGGUUGUUUAGAGAGCAAAACUGAACUUAUUUUGUACUAAGUUUGUUCUUCGAGGGUGAAAAAGAGUUAUUAGUUGGAAGGAAACAUGACGGAGGGAACAGCGACGAUUAGGACCCGAAAGUUCAUGACCAACAGAUUGUUGGCUCGGAAACAAAUGGUCGUUGAUGUUUUACAUCCCGGCCAACCUUCUGUUAAAAAAACGGAUAUCAGGGAAAAAUUAGCCAAAAUGUACAAAGUUACUCCAGACGUAUGCUUUGUAUUUGGAUUUAGGACCAACUUUGGAGGCGGUAAAUCGACCGGGUUUGCCCUUAUCUAUGACACAUUAGAUUUUGCCAAGAAAUUCGAACCAAAACACAGGCUGGCACGACACGGCUUGUUUGAAAAGAAAACAGGCACACGUAAACAGCGUAAGGAACGUAAGAACAGAAUGAAGAAAGUACGAGGAACGAAGAAAAGUAAAGUUGGUGCUGCCGCCAAGAAGGGUGGUAAGAAAUAGAUUGUUCUAUUUCUACUUUUGAAGUAUAAAUCGAAAGUAAAUCAUUUGUCCUCUGGCUUCAGAUUCAUAUCAUUGUGUGGCUCUAAUCUACAACUCGAAGAUAAUGGUUCUAUAUUUGUGUUGUACAAUAAAUAUUGUCUGAAGUUCAAAA